AUGAGUGACGAGGAGCUCCGCUGCUUUGUGGGUGGCCUCUCGUGGGGCACGGAUGACCGCGCUCUUUCGGAUGCUUUCCACGACUAUGGAGCCGUUGACGCUAAGGUUGUGAAUGACCGAGAAACCGGCCGCUCCCGAGGGUUUGGAUUUGUGACGUUCAACGACAAGGCCGGCAUGGACGAUGCUAUCAAGGCCAUGAACGGCAAGGAACUUGACGGCCGGACAAUUACCGUCAACGUUGCUCAACCUCGUGGAAGUGGAGGAAUGUCAGCCACAGUCGCAGAAGCGGCGGCAGCGCGAGUGGCGGCGGCAGAGGCGGCGGGAAUCACGCUGUCCGCUGAAGUGAAACGCGCCUUUCUCGCCGGGCGCCCUGUCGUAGCGCUAGAAUCGACCAUAAUCUGUCAUGGGAUGCCGUAUCCACAGAACCUGCAGGCAGCAGAGGGCGUGGAGGAUAUUAUCCGGAGGGAGGGGGCUGUGCCGGCCACCAUUGCCAUCAUUGACGGCCGGCCGUGCAUAGGGUUGACGGCCUCUCAGCUGCAGCACCUGGCACGGGACGGCCAUUCGGCUGUGAAGGCUGCCAGAAGAGACGUGGCUCUCGUGGUGUCUCAAGGCCUCACAGGAGCCACCACUGUAUCGGCCACCAUGCUACUUUCUCACAAGGUGGGCAUCCCUGUGUUUGUGACAGGGGGCAUUGGCGGCGUGCACCGAAGGGGGGAGAUCACAAUGGACAUCUCAUCUGAUCUCACAGAGCUCGCUCGCACGCCCGUGGCUGUGGUGUGUGCGGGAGUCAAGUCCGUGCUCGAUAUUCCGCGCACUCUUGAAUACCUGGAGACACAAGGGGUGACAGUGGUGGUGUAUGGUGCCAAGGAGUUCCCAGCGUUCUUCACACCAACAUCUGGCUGCCCUGCACCCGCCACUCUCAGCGACCCUGCCAGCUGUGCAGCUCUCAUUGACGCCAACCAUCGAAUGCACCUAUCUAGCGGCAUGGUGAUUGCAGUGCCAGUGCCCCAUGGGCAGGCAGCAGAGGCAGAGGAGGUAGAGCGAGCAACACAGCAGGCACUCACAGAAGCAGAGGCACAAGGUGUGAAGGGGGCACAGGUCACACCGUUCGUGCUCAAGCGAAUCAAGGAGCUCACAGGAGGGGCGUCACUCACUGCAAACAUAGCACUAGUGAAGAACAAUGCCCGUGUGGGUGCCCAAAUAGCACGGGCUCUCUCACAAAGGAGAAUAUUAGCCGUGUCGAGGUUGUAG